AUGGCAUUCCUCGUCGGUGCCUCAGCGCCUCUUGCCAUCCAGAGACUGGCAAUCCCUGCCGUCAGCAUCCUGAUCGCCUUUCUCGGAUACGGCUCGCAAUACCUAUUCGCCGUCUCGCCCGACCUCCUGCCCGGUCCGCUGUCGCAGGGUCAGCAGUGGCUAUUCAACGCCCUGCUGCUGUGCCUGUGGUGGACAUACUUCCAAGCCUGUACCGUCGAUCCGGGCCGGUACACGUUUCCACCUGAAAAGAGCGCGGGGAAGAAGAACCAGCCGAGGGGGAGGGACAACGGCGGCGGCAACGACUCCUCGUCAGACGACGAGGACGACGAGGAUCACAAUAACGACAAAAGCAACACCACCACCACCAAGAACAACAGCAGCAGCAGCAAGAAAGAUGGAAGGGGAUAUCGGAAACAAAAGUGGUGCAAGAAGUGCCGCCGCCCCAAGCCGCCCCGCGCCCACCACUGCAAGACGUGCGCCCGCUGCAUCCCGCGGAUGGACCACCACUGCCCCUGGACGUCCAACUGCGUCUCGCUGCAGACGUUCCCGCACUUCCUGCGCUUCCUCGCCUACGCCAACCUCGCCCUCUGGUACCUGCUCCGCCUCCUGGGCCAGAGGUUCCUCGCCCUCUGGUCCAGCCGGCUGCUGCCCGCCUACCUGGGCCCGAGCCCGGCCCAGCUGGUCGCCCUGACCGUCUUCGCGUUCGCCGCCGGCGUCACGAGCCUCGCCCUGGGCAUCCUCCUCGCCACCACGCUCAAGGGCUGGCUGUUCAACACCACCAUGAUCGAGGGCUGGGAGAUCGAGCGCCACGAGGCCGUGCUGGAGCGCAGGGCCGGGAACGGCGGCGGCGACGGCGACUCGUUCUGGCCGGACUCGCGGAGGCGGGGUAGAGGCCGUGGUGGUGAAGACGACGACAGCCAUGAUGACAUGCCGGUCGAUGCCGUCGAGUUCCCGUAUGACAUCGGGUUCUGGGAUAACUUGUGUGCGGGCAUGGGGACGCGGAACUUCCUGCUCUGGUUCUUCCCCUUGGCGGGGCAUCCCAGCGUCGCCGAGAACAAGGACGGCAAGAUGAGAGGGGCGGGCUGGGAAUAUGAAGAGAACGGCAUGAACGACGCCGAGGGCAUGUGGCCCCCUCCGGACCCGGCCAAGACGAGGCACACAAAGGUAUGGCGGCAGAGGAGGAGAGAGAUGGAGGAGGAGCGCGAGAGAUUCGAGGACGAGGGCCGGUGGGCACGUCCAGAGGACCGCCGGGAGGCCUUCAGGCAAAGACAGCAGCAGGAUCUCCGCAGGUGGGAGGGCAGGAUACUCGGGGAAUUGGAAGAAACUGAUGAUGAUGGGUACCAAGUAGUUGACGAUGCAUAUGCUACAGGCGGGAUCGUCGUCGACGAGGGCAAGUCGGGCUGGGUCAAUGCCGAGGGAGAGCAUCUCGGUGAUUUUGGAGUGGACUCUGAUGCCGAGUAUGACGACUUGGAAGACGGCCACAUGGUGCUCGACAAGGAUGACGAAGAGGACGAUGUACCCCUGGGCGAGCUGAUACGUCGAAGAAAGAUUCUAACGAACGACCGAGAAGACGCUUGA